UCGGCCAGCGCAGUCCCUGUGAUGCCAAACAAAAGUCCCCAUCACCGACGCCACUCUGUUUACUCCUCACUCACAACCUUCCAACCUCCCGCUUUUAUUGUUCCUACUCACCUACGCUUUACUUAACCCCACGAAAACCACUCUUCCCCGCUUCUCAAACUCCCACAAAUGGACCAUUCCAGCGCCGGACCCGGUGCCGAUACCGGCGACGAAGUUACUGUAGCAGCUCGCUCCUCCUUCAUCGACUCACUCAAAGGCUGCGGCCUCUCCGGUAUACGAAUCGACAAACAUGAGCUCAAUACAAAGGUUAUAAUGCCCCAAUAUCUCCGCUUUGCCUUGCGUGAUUCUAUCCGCUUGAAAGACCCCAUUGCCGGAGCCUCUGCCACUACUCCGCCGCAGAAUAUGGUCUCGCCAUCGCCGGAGACCCCUUUGGUGGUCUUCAUUAACCCACGUAGCGGUGGCCGCCAUGGUCAGAAGCUUAAGCAGCGACUUCAGGAAUUAAUCAGCGAAGAACAGGUGUUUGAUCUUUUGGAUGUGAAGCCUCAUGAAUUUGUGCAGUAUGGAUUGCGUUGCCUGGAAAUCUUGGCUGAUCAUGGUGAUGUUUGUGCUAAACUAACUCGUCAAAAGAUAAGGAUCAUGGUUGCAGGAGGUGAUGGUACCGUCGGUUGGGUACUGGGAAGUCUAGCAGAACUUUACAAACAAGAUCGCAACCCUGUUCUUCCUGUUGGGAUUAUUCCUCUUGGUACUGGGAAUGAUCUUGCCAGAAGUUUUGGUUGGGGAGGUUCAUUUCCUUUUGUUUGGAAAUCUGCUGUUAAAAGAUCUCUCCUCAGGGCUACCACUGGUCAAGUUGGUUCUUUGGAUAGUUGGCAUGUUUCAUUGUCGAUGCCUGCUGGAGAAAAAGUGGAACCACCACAUUCUUUGAAGCUAACAGAAGAAAGUGAUAUGAAUGAAGCUGUGCAUAAACUGGAUGGCAUAGAAGAUUCACCAACAAAACUGGCUUGUUUUGAAGGAGUAUUUUAUAAUUACUUCAGCAUAGGAAUGGAUGCUCAAGUUGCUUACGGCUUCCACCAUUUGCGCAACAAAAGACCAUACUUGGCUCAAGGUCCAGUUACAAAUAAGUUAAUUUACUCAAGUUAUAGUUGCACUCAAGGUUGGUUCUUCACAUCCUGCUCAAACAAUCCAAAUUUGAGUGGGCUUAAGAACAUCCUUAGAAUACAUAUAAAAAAGAUCAACUGUGCAGAAUGGGAAAAGGUUCCAGUUCCUUCCAGUGUUAGGUCUAUUGUUGCUUUAAACUUACAUAACUAUGCAAGUGGAAGAAACCCAUGGGGUAAGCUAAAGCCAGAGUACUUGGAGAAGAGAGGUUUUGUGGAAGCACAUGCUGAUGAUGGUCUUCUAGAGAUUUUUGGCCUAAAACAAGGAUGGCAUACAUCAUUUGUAAUGGUUGAUAUAAUCUCUGCCAAACAUAUUGCCCAGGCAGCAGCCAUUAGAAUUGAAAUUAGAGGUGGGAAGCGAAAGAAGGCAUAUCUGCAAAUGGAUGGGGAGCCAUGGAAACAACCAAUAAGCAAGGAAAACUCAACGUUUGUUGAAAUCAAGAGGGUCCCUUUUCAAUCACUAAUGAUCAAUGGGGAAUGAAAGCUUCUUCAUCUUUCAUCGUCUCCUCUUCAGUUUGCUGGCUGAGUUGAUAUAUUCUUUUUUGUAUGAUAAUAUCAUAUAUAUGUAUGUCUAGAUUAUUCAUGUUCAACACAACCCUUAGAACAUCCCUGAGGCUUAAAAGUAUAUGUUUAGUAGGCAAUCUGAACAUGGGAAGGUGAAAAUAAGAGAUUUACUUAUAACAGGGUUA